UGUUGACAGCGGAGGCUGUUGCGGGGAGGAGGGGGGGGCGGGAGCGGACCCUGAGGAGGACACACAGACCCCCGCCCCCGGGGACCGGAACCGGAACGAACCUGGAUCCCCUCUACCCAGGGAGCCGGGCAGGGGCCUCGGGCCAGAUGUCCUAAUGUCCCUGUAAAUCCAGCUGGGAAUCUCCUGAGGUUGGGGGGCAGGGAUCCCUUGAAUUGAAAAGCUUCCUUCUGCCACAGUUCCCUGCUCCCCCUGCCCUCCACCACUGUUCCCUGAAGAUGGCAUCUGACAGCCCAGAGUCGCUGAUGACAUUAUGCACAGACUACUGCCUCCGCAACCUGGAGGGGACCCUCUGCUACCUACUGGACAACGAGACUCUCCGGCUUCACCCCGAUGUCUUCCUGCCGAGUGAGAUCUGUGACAAGCUCGUCAAUGAGUAUGUGGAGCUGGUGAAUGCAGACAGCAUCUUUGAACCCCAUGAGAGCUUCUUCACCCUGUUCUCAGAUCCUCGGAGCACCAGGCUAGCCCGAAUCCAUUUGCGGGAGGACGUAGUGCAGGACCAGGACCUGGAAGCCAUCAGAAAGCAGGACCUUGUUGAGCUGUCCCUGAUUAACUGUGAGAAGCUGACAGCCAAGAGCCUGCAGACCCUGCUGAGCUUCAGCCACACUCUAGUUUCUCUCAGCCUCUUUGGCUGCAGUAAUCUCUUCUACGAGGAAGAGAACCCAGGAGGCUGUGAAGACGACUGCCUGGUGAACCCCACUCGCCAGGUCUUGGUCAAGGACUUUACCUUCGAGGGCUUCAGCCGCCUGCGCUUCCUGAACCUGGGCCGUAUGACUGAGGGGGUGAACGUGGAGACAUUGCUUCGACCUUUGGCCUCCCUCACUGCCCUGGAUCUCUCUGGGAUCCAGCUCAAUGAUGUGGCAUUUCUGACCCAGUGGAAGGACAGUCUGGUUUCCUUAGUGCUUUACAACAUGGACCUUUCAGAGGAGCACAUCCAAGUGAUCUCACAGCUCCGCAAGCUCAGGCACUUGGAUAUUUCCCGAGACCGCCUGUCCAGUUAUUACAAAUUCAAGCUGACCCGGCGGGUGCUGACCCUGUUUGUGGAUAACCUGGUAAACCUCUCCUCGCUAGAUAUCUCAGGGCACACCAUGCUGGAGAACUGCACCAUCUCAAGCAUUGAGGAGAAAGUGGGUCAGACAAGCAUUGAGCCAUCAAAGAGCAGCAUUGCCCCCUUCAGGGAUCUGAAACGACCGCUUCAGUUCCUGGGCCUCUUUGAGACCUCUCUUUGUCGUCUGACGCAUAUUCCAGCCUACAAGGUGAGUGGGGACAAGAAUGAAGAGCAGGUGCUGAACGCUAUCGAGGCAUACACUGAACACCGGCCCGAAAUCACGUCCCGGGCCAUCAAUCUCCUUUUUGAUAUCGCCCGCAUCGAGCGCUGCAACCAGCUGCUGAGAGCACUGCAGCUGGUGAUCACAGCUCUCAAGUGUCACAAGUACGAUAAGAACAUCCAGGUGACUGGGAGCGCAGCCCUUUUCUACCUAACGAAUUCAGAGUAUCGGAUGGAGCAGAGCGUGAAGCUGCGGCGUCAGGUGAUCCAGGUGGUGCUGAAUGGCAUGGAGUCUUACCAGGAAGUGACAGUGCAGCGGAACUGCUGCCUGACACUGUGUAACUUCAGCAUCCCAGAGGAGCUGGAAUUCCAGUACCGUCGUGUCAACGAGCUGCUGCUGAACAUCCUCAACCCUACUCGGCAGGAUGAGUCCAUCCAGCGCAUCGCUGUACACCUCUGCAAUGCCUUGGUCUGCCAAGUGGACAACGACCAUAAGGAGGCUGUGGGCAAGAUGGGGUUUGUCAUGACCAUGCUAAAGCUGAUUCAGAAGAAGCUGGUGGAUAAAACAUGUGAUCAGGUGAUGGAGUUCUCCUGGAGUGCCCUGUGGAAUAUCACAGACGAAACCCCCGAUAACUGUGAGAUGUUUCUCAACUAUAGUGGCAUGAAGCUCUUCCUGGAGUGCCUGAAAGAGUUCCCAGAGAAGCAGGAGCUGCACCGUAACAUGUUGGGGCUUCUGGGAAAUGUGGCGGAGGUAAAAGAGCUCCGCCCACAGCUCAUGACCUCCCAGUUCAUCAGUGUGUUCAGCAACCUGUUGGAGAGCAAAGCAGAUGGGAUUGAGGUAUCUUACAAUGCAUGUGGGGUUCUCUCCCACAUAAUGUUUGAUGGCCCAGAGGCUUGGGGUAUCUGUGAGCCACGCCGAGAGGAAGUAGUAGACAGGAUGUGGGCAGCCAUCCAGAGCUGGGACAUUAACUCCAGAAGAAAUAUCAAUUACAGGUCAUUUGAACCAAUCCUUCGACUCCUUCCGCAAGGGAUCUCUCCUGUCAGCCAGCACUGGGCUACUUGGGCUCUCUAUAACCUCGUCUCUGUUUACCCUGACAAGUACUGCCCCCUGCUGAUCAAAGAAGGUGGAAUGCCCCUUCUGAAGGAGGUGAUUAAGAUGGCUUCAGCACGCCAGGAGACCAAGGAAAUGGCCCGGAAAGUUAUAGAGCACUGCAGUAACUUUAAAGAGGAGAACAUGGACACUUCCAGAUAGAGGCAAUGAUCUAACAACGCCUCUUGCCAGCACUGUAUCCAGCUUCUCUCUAAUUCACUGUAUAUAGAGAGGACUCUUUCUCACCAGCUUGGCUGUUGGAAGGAACCUGUGUGUGUGUGUGUGUGUGUGUAUAUGUGUAUGGGUGUGUGUGUGUGUGUGUGUGUGUGUGAG